GCCACACUUUGCAGUGAAACAAACUCAAAGCAAUAAUACAAACACAAGUGGAGAAAAAUCGCUAAUUUAAAUGUUUAAAUUUCAACAAUAACGCUACUUCCAACUGAAAAAAUUCAAUUCACAAAAGAAUAACAACUGCGCUCUUCACACAAAUAUCAACUGCUGCCGGCAAAGUAUGCAAAUAUGGAUUUCCACAUACUGAUCGUCAUUGGCUGUGUGAUCGGCGCAUCGCUACUGUCCUUUUUGUUCAUCAACAAGAUCUUCAGGCGCAAGACCUUUGAGGAAGUUGUGGCGGAGAAACGGGCACUGAGCGCCAAUUUGUAUGCGCAGAACAAAAGCGGAGGCAAUGCAUCGUCGCAGCGCAAACCGAAGAAGAAGGAGCUAAAACGUGAAAAGAAGCAGCGCCAGCGAGAGCAGCAGAAGGACAAUGCCAGCAACAACGACCAGGAGGAGCAAGAUGACUAUUCCGAUGGCCAUUCAGAGGGUCAGGGAUCAGUUGGUGUGGAAGAGGAAUCGGCACAGCCCGGAUUGUCCAAGCAGCAUGUGGAAUUCGACCCUGAUCCAGAGGUCCUAAAUGAGCCGCAGCGCCGGCCCAGCAGUGCCGAAAAGGAAAACCAGCCCAACAACAUCAACAACAAUAACAGCAAGAAAGGCAAAAAGGAUAAGCGCAGUGGCUCAGGACCCAAGGCAGCUGUUGGCAUUCUGGUGAACAAGAACGAAGCCGUGGCUGUCAGGCCGGUAACUGCGGAGGAAACGCCCACUUUGAACAACUUUGAGGUGCGUGCGCCAAAGGAUGUGGUGGAGCUGAAGAAGCAGGAGCAAAAGGAACGCAAGGAGGAUAACAACAACAGCACCAAGCAACAGGCGCAAAAGAAAAACGGCAACGCUGCCAAAAAGGAGAAGCCCAUUGCCGCUCCAGCGCUGCUCAGCGCUGCCAUGGAACAGCCCGUGGAGGUGCCACACGUGCCCAAGCAAAUCAUACUCAAGCAACAGUCCACAGGCUCUCCCAAGCUGCAGCACAAUAACGUGAAUAACAAGAGCAACAAACAGCAACAGCAUGCGGGCAAGAAGCAGAAGGAGACGUCGCUGAGCGUGAAGGAUCUCGUGCAGGCACUGGACAAGCUCGCCGAGAAUCAGACUAUUGGUGUGUCGGCUCUGAUGAAUGUCUUUUCGCGGGCCGAGUUGAAUCGUUCCGAGAUCCAAAUGCUCAUCGAGUAUCUGCUCAACAGGCAACAGGAUAUGCCCGCCAGUCACGGCGAUUGGUCGGAUGACAUAUGCCAGAAACUGAAGCGCCAACUGGACGAAAAGGAAAAGCAGCUGGCCGAGGAACAGGAAGCUUCGAUCGGCAUCCAAGCCAAGUUGCGUGAACUCCGCCAAGAGAUUAACACCGAGCGCGCCCAGAUACACAGUCGCUGCCAGGCAUACAACGAGAAGCUGUUGAGCAAGGAUCAGGAGUUGGCAGCACUUAACCAGGAGCUAGCCAGUGCCAACGAGAAGCUGGCAUUGGAGCGCCAACAAUUCCAGGCGAAGCUGUUGCGUGAAAAGCAGGCCAGCUCCCAGGAUCUGUUGCUGCAGCUGCAACGCCUGCAGCAGGACCUGGCGCACAAAGAGAAGGUCAUUGCGGACAUGACCAGCUUUGUGAAUGCCGAGGUGCAGCAGAAGAACGAAGUCAUACAGCAGCACGCACAGCAGCUGCUCGCGGUGGAGCAGCAGCGCGACGAGCUGGAGGCUCGCCUCAACAACAGUGUCUUUGAGCUGGAGCAGCGCAGGCAGCUCGAAACCGAGAAUGCCGAAAUCAAAGAGGAGCUGCGCAACCUAAACAAUGCUCUCGAGUCCACCAAGGCCGAGCUUGUGCAAUCACAGGGCGAACUGGCGCGCGUCCGCAACACAGAGCUGCAAGAGCUGCGCCAGCAGGCGGCCAAACUGGAAGCCACCAAUGCCAGCCUUACCCAGCAGCUCAGCCAAGCGAACAGCCAGGCCGUACAGGCUGUGCAGGCCUCCGCACAGCAAUCGGAGCAGGCCCAGGUGCAGGCCGAGGCCCUAACUAACCUACAGUCAGAGUUGCGCACCUUGACCGAUAGCCAAGCCACGCAACAGCAACAGACAACCGCUCUGCGGUCCCAGCUCGAGGAGGCGCAACAGCGCGCCGAGAAGCUGCAGGAUAGGGAGCGACAGCUGGAGAAGGAGCUGCAGGAGCAGCGCGAGAAGAAUAAUGAAAUUCGUAUGAAAAAUUGGAAGUUGAUUGAAGCGUUGCAAAAUGCCGAAGCAACCGCCAGAUCCCCAACAACAGCAAAGACGAAAACAAAUACAGCGCAAAUCGUAGGCCAACAACAGAAACAGUUGCAGCAGCAGCAGCARCAACAGCAACAGGCGGCCGCUGCCAAUGGCGAGGACUUGAGCCGUGCGUCCGCCAACUCAGCCAAGGCGGAGCAGCAGCGUAUCCGGGAGCUGUACCAGCGCUUGUAUCCCGAUGCUGUCAAGGCACACGCCGCCAGCGCACUCAGCAUUUCGUUUGAGGAGUGGCUGCAGCAGGUGCUCGCCACACACAUCAAGCAGCAGCAGGCGGCCGCUGCAGCAGCAGCUGCAACAAACAGUAGUAAUAAGUCCACGCAAUCAAACAGCAGCAGUAGCAGCGAUCACAAUAGUAGCAGCCACAACAAUAUUAGUAGCAAUAAUAGUAAUUCGAAUAGUAAAUUCUCCGCUAGUGCUGCCGAGCAGCAGGAGCUGCACACACAGAACCUGAAGCUGCGCAAGCGAAACGAUGAGCUCACGCAGCUGGUCACCAAAACGAGCAACACUCUGGUGGACUUGGAGCAGCGGGCCCGCGAGCAGGAUGAGCACUGGCGCGGCAUUGUUAGCCAAAAGGAGCAGCUCAUAUCCAAGUUGCAGCAGCAUGCCUCAAACGGUGAACAGGACAUUUAAUGUCGUCGUGUUGGAUCGCCGCCCUUGAUAAUAAACAGCAGAACCACAACGAUAAUUGACAGCAAUCACAACGUUUGUCGAACUUCCCAAAAACCACAACAACAAAAACAAUUCUAACAAUCUAUUAAGUUUAAAGUUAAUAUUAUAAAUAUAUAAAAACAUAAAAACGAAAAAAAAAAACAACUACAAAACUACAAAAUAGGUGGAACAAAAACGGAAAAACAGUAAAUAUUAAACGAGCCCAACAGCAACAUUUAACAUUUUAAAGUAGAAAAAA